AAGGUGCAAGUUUGUAUACACACGCAUGUAUUUUUUUCCAUUGAACGAUGUUGGAGUCUUGAGCUAAAAACAUUUGAUAUACAAAAACAAGUUCGGAAACAAGAAAAAGACAAGAGAGGAGGAGGUUAAUAAAAAAAGAGAGAGAAAAAAGUCUCUUGUGAAAGAGCUUUGACUCUCUCUCGUCCAUGGCAGAUUUUCAACCUGAAUACCAUUCUACCCCCUUUUCGCUUUCUUCUUCUUUUUCCAACAGCCCCUUCAUUUCUUUUACAUGAUUUCACCUUUCAAAUCUUGAAAAUCCAUCUGGGUUAUGCCCUUUCAUCACCAUUUUCUAAUACCCAUUUACAUACAACACAAUUUCAGUUUUGUUGGAUUGUCUUCUUAAUAUUAGAAUAUUUGAUAAAUUUUCAAGAAUCUGAUUGAUCAUGGGAAAUUGUUGCGUGGUCCCUAAAACCGCGUCCCAUAAGGAAAGGAGAAAGGAAAAAAAGAAAUACAAACCUAAUCCAUUUUCCACCGAUUAUGGUGCUGGAAAUGGAAUCAAAUUUCGUGUGUUGAAAGACGCAAACGGCAAGGAUAUAUCGCUGAAAUAUCAGCUUGGCCGUGAGCUUGGUAGAGGGGAGUUUGGGGUAACAUAUUUAUGUACGGAUUUGGAUUCUGGUGAGAAAUUUGCCUGUAAAUCGAUAUCUAAAAAGAAACUCAGGACUUCUGUAGAUAUUGAGGAUGUGAGGAGAGAGGUUGAGAUUAUGAAACAUAUGCCUAAGCAUCCUAAUAUCGUGAGCUUAAAGGACACUUAUGAGGAUGAUAAUGCUGUUAACAUUGUUAUGGAACUCUGCGGAGGGGGAGAGUUGUUUGAUCGUAUUGUGGCAAGGGGGCACUACACUGAACGAGCUGCUGCUGCCGUAAUGCGGACCAUUGUUGAAGUUGUUCAGGUGUGUCACGAGAAUAGGGUGAUGCAUCGAGAUCUCAAACCUGAAAAUUUCCUGUUUGCAAACAAAAAAGAAACAGCUGACUUGAAGGCAAUUGAUUUUGGACUAUCAGUCUUCUUUAAACCCGGUGAGAUUUUUAAUGAGAUAGUGGGAAGUCCUUAUUACAUGGCUCCUGAGGUUCUAAGGCGCCAUUAUGGACCAGAGGUUGAUAUUUGGAGUGCUGGUGUGAUCCUGUACAUUCUGCUUUGUGGCGUUCCACCUUUUUGGGCAGAAACUGAACAAGGUGUUGCACAAGCAAUCAUUCGUUCCAUUGUUGACUUUAAGAGAGAUCCAUGGCCAAUGAUUUCCGACAAUGCCAAGGAUCUUGUCAAGAAAAUGCUUAAUCCAGAUCCAAAACAGAGGCUUACGGCUCAGGAAGUACUAGAUCACCCAUGGUUACAGAAUGCAAAGAAAAAUCCUAAUGUAUCUUUAGGGGAGGUUGUAAAAUCAAGGCUCAAACAAUUUUCCGUUAUGAACAAGCUGAAGAAAAGAGCUUUAGGGGUAGUUGCCGAGCAUUUAUCAGGGGACGAAGUAGCGGGAAUCAAGGAAGCAUUUGCUAUGAUGGACACCAACAAACGAAACAAAAUAAGCCUGGAUGAACUUAGAACUGGUUUGGCGAGACUAGGCCAUAACAUACCUGAUCCGGACCUUGAGAUCCUAAUGGAGUCGGCCGAUGUUGACGGUGACGGAGCUUUGAACUACGGAGAGUUUGUGGCUGUAUCUGUACAUCUUAAAAAGAUGGCUAAUGAUGAGCAUCUACACAAAGCUUUCUCGUUCUUUGAUCAUAACAAAAAUGGUUACAUAGAGAUUGAUGAACUUCGACAUGCCUUGAGUGAUGAAGAUGAUGCCAACAGCGAGGAAGUCAUCAAUGCAAUAAUGCAUGAUGUUGACACUGAUAAGGAUGGACGAAUUAGUUACGAAGAAUUUGCUACAAUGAUGAAGGCUGGUACAGAUUGGAGAAAAGCUUCGAGGCAGUAUUCAAGAGAGAGGUACAACAGUAUCAGCUUAAAGUUGAUGCAGGAUGGUUCGAUUCAGAUGCCAAAUGAGGUUAGGUGAAUAAUCUCAUAUGUUUGAGAAACAGAAUACAUUAAAAGAAAAGGGGGAGAGAGAGUUACUGACAUGCAGAGCUUUUAAAGAAGAAAGUGUUCCAUAUUUAUUUGUUAAUUCAUGAAUUUAUCGUCGUCCAACAAUUUUGCAACUGUGUAACGAGACUUAGACUAGUCAUCCUGGCGACUAUGCCUGAUCAGUGGAGAGGCGCUGAGACUAGUCCUCUUGGGAACAUGUCUGAUCCAUGGAGGCACUCUUAACAUGCAAUCGAAGUAGCUAUGCUAAAAAUUCGAUUGUUAAGACAUAGUUCUUGUAGGCAGGAGAGUGAAUGUAACUCUUACAAGGAAGUUGCCAAGACUGAUACAUGUGUUGUAUAUACUGUUAUUUAGGCUCAUACGAAUAUAUAUCAAUGACAAUACUUAUACAGAACUCUUCAUUGA